CAAGCAUAAUUUUAAUAUCCAUAUAAGCUCAGUUACACAAGCAUAACCUAAGAGCCAAAAAAAAAAAUAGCCAAAAGAUAUAAGUACAAAUUAUGCCCCAAGGCAUAAGUGCAUUGACAUAAGUUAAUGCGUAAAGAAAAAAGAAAUUAAGUCCAACAUAAUGAAUGAUUUUUGUGACUCCAAGUAAUAUCCAGUUCAAUGACUGAAGAUAUAGCUCAAAACAUAAAAUUUAUUGAUAGAAGUUAUGUCACAGGAUAUAAGUUGAAUGACUGAAGUUAUGUUUUAAGGUAAGGGUUGUGUAAAAAGUCUUUUCCCAUAAAGCACUUUAAGGUAGAAAUUUUGCAGGUGAAACUAGAUUUUAUAAAGCAAAAUUAGAUCAUAUCUAAAAAUACUUUACCUCUUAAAUUUUCAUUAAAUAAUCACUUAUGUAACGAUUGAAAAUCACCAGAAAAUAAACAAAAACUUGGAAAUUUAUCUUUGGGCCCUUGUGUUUAGUUGUCCUUGGGGUUAACGGCCCAUGGAGCAUAUAUCCCUCCUGAUUAAUUCCCCAGGUAAAUCAAAUCAAAUGGUUGAUGAAGAAGGAAGAAAAAAAGAAAUAGAAGGAAAAAACAAGUGGUCACUGAGUGGUUUAAUUGGGGGAGUUAAUUGAAAGUGUUCACUGAGUGGUUUAAUUGGGGGAGUUAAUUGAAAGUGUUCACUCAAACUCACUCACAAGUCACCACUAACAAAAAGCAAUGGAAGAAAAAACUUCAGGUUCAACUAGAACUGAAUUUGAUGCCUUGGAACACCCCAUGGAAUUGGAAGAAGAUAACAACAACAGUAAAGAGGUUGACAAUCAAAACGAAGAAGACGAGGACGGAGAAGAUGACGAAGAAGAAGAAGAAGAAGAAGAAGAAGAAGAAGAAGACGAAGAAGAAGAAGAUGGAAACGGGGAUUAUAGAUUCCAAUUUGGAGCUGAAAUGGAUCCUUUGUCAUUUGCCGAAGAAGAUGCCUUUGGACUCCAGCCAUACCAACAAUUUGAACGCCUCCAGCAUCAAUAUGAAGCUCUCGCUGCCAAAAAACGUAAAGCUGUAGCUCUUCAACCUGCCAGUGAGGUCCCAGCAAAGAAACUUAGGCAAGAAGACCGUCAAGAGGAUGGUCCAGGAGCAAGCUAUGAAGAAAUAUUGGAAGCUAUGAAUUAUGGGAUGAAGAAAAAAUCAAGGAAGCUCAAAAAGAGAGGUCGACGGAAGGGAUCAAAGAGUAAAGUUAGUCCAGAAUUGAAAAGAAAACUUGGUGAUGCCACUCUUCACUAUGCACAUGGCCGUUACGAAGAGGCCAAACGUGUGUUGCGUGAAGUUAUUCGUCUUUCGCCAAACCUUCCUGAUCCAUACCAUACACUUGGCCUGAUUUACAAUGCUAUGGGUGAUAAGAAGAGAGCCAUGAAUUUCUACAUGCUUGCAGCACAUCUGUCACCGAAGGAUGCAUCUCUAUGGAAGCUCCUGGUUGCUUGGUCCAUAGAGCAGGGAGAUAGGAAACAGACCCGUUAUUGCCUUUCCAAAGCAAUAACAGCAGACCCUGAAGAUGUUAGUCUUAGGUAUGACAGGGCUUCAAUAUAUAUUGAACUUGGAGAUUAUCAAAAAGCCGCAGAAUCAUACGAACAAAUUGCUCGUCUAUGCCCUAAUGACGUUGAAGUGCUUAAGACAGCUGUCCAGUAUUACAGAAAAUGUGGCAAGCAUGAGUACGCUGUUGGUAUCCUGGAAGACUUCCUUAAAAAUCAUCCAGCUGAAGCUGAUUUAAGUGUGAUACAUCUGUUAGCUGUGAUACACAUGGAAGACAAUGCACAUUUAAAAGCCCUUGAUCUAAUUGAGUGUGCAAAGCAAAGAUAUUUUACUGGGAAACAGAUGCCCCUUAAUUUAAGUAUCAAAGCUGGAAUAUGUCAUUUACAUCUUGGCCAUAUAGAGGAUGCAAAGAUUAUUUUCAGUGCUGUACAAUACGAAAAUGCAUCUCAACAUCCUGACAUAGUCACCGAGGUCGCGGACUCCCUUAUGACCCUUAAAAAUUAUGAAUCAGCUUUGAAGUACUAUUUGAUGCUUGAAGGAGAUGAGAACAAGAAUAAAGGCUAUUUACACUUGAGAAUUGCCGAGUGUUAUGUAUAUUUGAGGGAAAGAGUACAAGCAAUUGAGUACUUCUAUAAAGCUGUAAAUGAACUUGAGGAUAGUGUUGAUGCUCGAUUAACUUUAUCAUCGAUCCUCCUUGAAGAACACAAAGAUGAUGAAGCAGUUUCUGUGCUUUCCGCUCCUAAAGAAUCAGAAUCUUCAGUUGACUCAAGUUCUGGUAAACCAAACACUUGGUGGCUUAAUAGCAAGAUAAAGCUGAAGCUUUGCCAAAUUUAUAGAGAUAAAGGGUCACUAGAGGCUUGUGUGGAUGUUAUUUUUCCUUUGAUUCGUGAGACAUUGUUUCUUAAGUCUGUCCAACCAAAGGUUAAAGUACGGAGAAGGCUGUCUAAAAGUGUUCUAAAUCAAAGAAUCAAGGUUGUGGACGGUCACCGAACAGAUACCAUCUUUCAUGGCUUUAAGCCUGUAGCUUUGGCAUCUGAUCUGUCAAAAGCUGCAAGAGCAAGAAAAUUGCUUCGGAAGAAAGAAAUGUUAAAAGAAGCAAAAAAAGCUGCAGCUUUGGCUGCUGGAGCUAACUGGAAAAGUGACGAUUCGGAUAGCGAGUCUCCUGAACAUGUAUACCGAGAGCCUCCGCUACCAGAUCUUCUAAAAGACGAGGAACACCUGUGUCUUAUUGUAGAUCUCUGCAAGGCUUUAAUAUCCUUGCAACGGUAUUGGGAUGCACUAGAGAUAAUUAAUCUCUGUCUAAAAUUGGCAUCCAGCACAUUGUCUGUUGAGAAGAAAGGGGAGCUGCAAGCUCUAGGAGCUCAAGUAGGAUAUAACAUUGCUGAUCCUAUCCAUGGGUUUGAUUGUGCACGUUCCAUUGUCAGUCAGCAUCCUUACAGCUUUGCAGCAUGGAAUUGCUACUACAAAGUAAUAUCAAGACUAGAUAAUCGACAUCCCAAACAUAGCAAGUUCUUGAACAAUAUGCGUAUCAAACACAAAGAUUGUGUACCACCAAUCGUUAUUGCUGGUCAUCAGUUUACCACGAUCUGCCAUCAUCAAGAUGCAGCUAGAGAAUAUUUAGAAGCUUAUAAGCUGAUGACAGAUAAUCAGUUGAUAAAUCUCUGUGUGGGAAGUGCUUUGAUAAAUGUAGCUCUUGGAUUUAGACUUCAUAACAAGCAUCAGUGUGUACUACAGGGAAUGGCGUUCCUGUGUAAUAAUUUAAGGCUUUCAAAAAACAGACAGGAAGCACUUUUUAAUAUUGGUCGAGCAUGUCAUCAUGUUGGUCUUGUUUCUCAAGCUGUCAUAUACUAUCAAAGGGUACUUGACACUCGUGAAGACGAUUAUCCCAUCCCAAAGCUUCCUAAUGAGAACUCUGAUCCCGUGGAAAAUAGAAAACCGGGUUACUGUGAUCUCCGCAGAGAAGCAGCAUACAAUCUGCACUUGAUUUACAAAACCAGUGGAGCACAUGACCUAGCAAGACAGAUACUGAAAGAUUACUGUACCGUAUGACACAAUCUCCACGAGCAGUGUCUGCUUCGGCUCAAAACGAAUAGGCUAGUAGUCUUGAAGCUAAGGAGAAUUCUUUUAACUGUUCGUUGUCGGCCAUACAAUAUGUGUCAUAAUACUUAUUCUUCUUUAAGAUUUUGAGUUCUUUGUAUCUAGCUAGGCCUACUGAAUUCAUUUUUUUCACCAUCACUAACUCUAGAAUUUAUUGACAAUAACUACUACCAAAUUGUCCGUCCUUUUAUUUAAUUUGAUGAAGUGGUUCUCCUAA